AUGGAAGUGAUCUACUUCAAGCCAAUUGCAGCAGUUGGUUUUGUUGCUUUUUCAAUAUAUUGGGUCUAUAAAGUGGUGGAUUUAUACUGGUUUAGGCCAAAAAAGCUUGAGAAAUGCUUGAGAGAACAAGGUUUCAAAGGCAACCCAUAUAGACUGUUUCUUGGAGAUCAAUAUGAAAGUGGUAAAUUAAUCAGGGAAGCACUGUCUAAGCCCAUUGGGAUUGAUGAUGAUGUCAAGAAACGCAUCAUUCCUCAUGUCCUCAAAGCCAUCGAAACCCACGGGAAGAAGUCUUUUAUGUGGGUUGGAAGAAUUCCAAGGGUGUUCAUGACAGACCCAGAGCUGAUAAGAGAAGUCCUAACAAAAUACUACAAGUUUCACAAGAACCAUCAUGAUCUUGAUCCAAUUACCAAAUUUCUCUUGACUGGAAUUGGCAGUUUAGAAGGGGAAUCAUGGUCGCAGAGGAGGAAAACCAUCAAUCCUGCUUUCCAUUUCGAGAAAUUAAAGCUUAUGCUACCGGCAUUUUACAUGGCCUGCAAUGAUAUGGUGAACAAAUGGGAAGCUAAAGUUCCCAAUGGCGGUUCAGCAGAGGUGGAAGCCUGGCAUGAUAUUGAAAUCUUGACAGGGGAUGUGAUUUCAAGGACACUGUUUGGAAGUAACUUUGAAGAAGGAAGGCGAAUUUUCGAGCUGAUGCGAGAACUUACAGCUCUUACAAUUGAUGUUAUCCGCUCUGUUUACAUUCCAGGAAGAAGGUUUUUGCCAACUAAGAGGAACAGAAGGUUAAGGGCAAUAGACAAAGAAGUGAGGGGAAGGAUAAAUGUGAUUAUAGACAAGAAAAUGAAGGCAAUUAAGGCAGGGGGAGCUGCAGGGGAUGAUUUCUUGGGGAUAUUGCUGGAAUGCAACAUGAAGGAAUCACAGGAAAAGGGAAACAACAAAAGUGCUGUAAUGAGCACUGAAGAUAUCAUUGGUGAAUGCAAGCUUUUCUACUUUGCUGGGCAGGACACCACCUCAACUCUGCUUGUAUGGACUAUGGUGUUCUUGAGUAGGUACCCUGAAUGGCAGCAAAGGGCUAGGGAUGAAGUCCUCCAGGUUUUCGGCCACAAAAAACCCGAUUAUGAUGGCAUCAGUCGCCUUAAAAUCGUGACUAUGAUCUUGAAUGAGGUGUUGAGGAUCUAUGCGCCGGUGGCUGAGCUGACGAAAGUGGCGCACGAAGACACGCAGCUCGGCAAGUAUUUCAUUCCGGCAGGAGUGCAGCUGAUGAUGCCACAGAUGUUGAUGCACCACGACACGGAAAUAUGGGGCGAUGAUGCGAUGAAAUUCAACCCGGAGCGAUUCUCUGAAGGUGUAUUAAAGGCAACAAAAAGCCAGGGCUCAUAUUUCCCAUUCAGCUUGGGACCAAGAAUGUGCAUUGGGAUGAACUUUGCUUUCCUUGAGGCCAAGAUGGCAAUGGCUUUGAUUCUGCGCCGGUUUUCUUUUAAGCUGUCUCCAUCCUACGUGCACGCUCCAAUGACUUUAAUUACGUUGCAACCUCAGUUUGGCGCUCAUUUAAUCCUGCAAAAGCUCUAAAAAUGAAACUAUGCAAAUUGCAGGCUCACUUUUCUAUUUUAGGUCUUAGUGGAACAUUUGGUUUGAUUUGCUACUGUUUUCAGGGGCCUUUCCACAAGCACCUUGUCGAAAGUCAGAAAAGACCGGACCAAACCAAGAGAAUAAAGUCAAAUCCUCCCCUUCAAUUUCUCCCAGUAUUGUACUAUCAUCACUUUGUUUAUUGUACAACCAAAAAAAAAAAAAACAUUCAAGAAUUUCAUGCCCUGUCUGUUUAUAUAUAAACUUGGUUUACAUAUAUGCUAAAAAGCAAGAAAAGAAAUAAAAUAAAACCUUGCCACACUUUGUAAUAUACAAUUUUUUACAUUUUUAAUGCUACUCGAAAUAGUAUCUAUAGGCUGCGUUAGAGGACUGAUACCACAUGAGAUAGAUCCAGAGAUAAAGUGGUGGAUCACAUGCUCUACUGAAUUAAUGUUUAUUCAGUGCAUAUUGUGAGUGGAAGACAUGAAUCACUCUCUACGUAUUUCAGAUAUUCCAACUUUACAUUGUAAAUUAAUUCCUCUAUCACUCAUUAUGUGGAAUAUUAAUCUUGGUUCAAUAAUGUCAUCAUUUCUUUCAAUGAAGGAGUGAUUGCUACAUAUGCAGUAGCGGAUCUAGGCGAAAAAUAUAAUGGGGGCCGACUAUAUAAUUAUAUCAUUGAGG